UAUGAGGCCCGUGUCGCCGGUCAGCGAUGUCCGACUGGAGCUGUCGCCGCCGCCGCUGCCGCUGCCACUGCCGGCUGUGAGCGGGUCUCCGGCCAGGUCGUCCGGGCGUCUCAUGGCCGCAAGCAACCCCCUGGUGCCCGACCGGCUGCGCCUGCCGCUCUGUUUUAUCGGCGUCUUUGUCUGCUAUUUUUACUAUGGGAUACUGCAGGAAAAGAUAACAAGAGGAAAGUAUGGGGAGGGAGCCAAGCAGGAGACAUUCACUUUUGCCUUAACUUUGGUCUUCAUUCAAUGUGUGAUCAAUGCUGUGUUUGCCAAGAUCUUGAUCCAGUUUUUUGACACUGCCAGGGUGGAUCGCACUCGGAGCUGGCUCUAUGCUGCCUGUUCUGUAUCCUAUCUGGGUGCCAUGGUCUCCAGCAAUUCAGCACUACAGUUUGUCAACUACCCAACUCAGGUCCUUGGUAAAUCCUGCAAACCAAUCCCAGUCAUGCUCCUUGGAGUGACCCUGUUAAAGAAGAAGUAUCCAAUGGCCAAGUACAUGUGUGUGUUGCUAAUUGUGGCUGGAGUGGCCCUUUUCAUGUAUAAGCCCAAGAAAGUAGCAGGGGUGGAAGAACACACAGUUGGCUAUGGCGAGCUGCUCCUGCUAUUGUCUCUGACCCUGGAUGGACUGACUGGUGUUUCCCAGGACCACAUGCGAGCUCAUUAUCAAACAGGUUCCAACCACAUGAUGUUGAACAUCAACCUUUGGUCAACAUUGCUGCUGGGAGCUGGAAUCUUGUUCACUGGGGAACUCUGGGAGUUCUUGAGCUUUGCUGAAAGGUACCCCACCAUCAUCUAUAACAUACUGCUCUUUGGCUUGACCAGUGCUCUAGGUCAGAGCUUCAUCUUCAUGACAGUUGUGUAUUUUGGUCCUCUGACCUGCUCCAUUAUCACCACAACGCGAAAGUUCUUCACCAUUUUGGCCUCCGUGAUCCUCUUUGCCAACCCCAUCAGCUCCAUGCAGUGGGUGGGCACUGUGCUGGUGUUCUUGGGUCUUGGUCUUGAUGCCAAGUUUGGGAAAGGCGCCAAGAAGACAUCCCACUAGGGUGAGAGAGAGAGACUACCUCCACUGCAAGAAGUUACAUUAUUAGCGCAAGCAGCGACAUGUCCUGGGGAAAUGGACACAAUAGGAAUAAGGAACUGGGUUCCAGUCUGGUUUUUUGUUUUGUUUUGUUUUUUUAAAGGCAAUGAAACCACAUAUUCUUAAAAAAUCACUUGGAUUUUAACAAGCCAGAGUGGGCAGUUUCUGUUCUUGAUGACCUGGAGCCCAGUGCAGAGAAAGAAAGAAGGAGGAAACAGAAUCCAGUGUUCAUUGUCCAGACUGCUCCCUCGUGGGUGUUGGUCUGGUUGGGUGGUUGAUUCCCUACGAGCCUCAGCAAAAUAGGGAGGAGUUGUAAUAGGUUGGAUAUUUGUACUGGUGCCUUUGUUCCCCCACCACAGUGAGAGUCUGAAUGUGCCAGGACAGCCAGAGAGUGGGACAAUCACUUUCUCCCUUACAGUUUUGGUAGACAAUUAUUUCCUUCGAAAGUAUAGCCUCUCCACAAGAAGCGUCUUUUAAGGUUGAGGAAAUAUAAGCCCAGAACCUUCACAUCUGCCUCCCCUUAGCUAAAACUCCCAGAUGAGAGCUGAGGCCUACUGUGUAUGUCAUGAACAGCUUUGGAGGGUCUCGUUCCCUCCUUCUUUCUUUGAGUCUGUUCUCAUUCCACCUGGCCCUCUCCUGGGGAGGCUGGAUUAAUCCUUUCUGGCCCCUGCCCCCUUCAGCUGCUAAAGCAUGGCAGGCCUCUGCCAUCCUGGCUGUGCCAAGGUGUCACUGCGCCAGCUCUGCCCGUCGAAAGGGAUGCUGGUGGAAGGCAUGGUGGCUGAGUCUGGGCACAGAGCCCCUGUCAAGUCUUCUAGUGGCAAUGGGGGGAGAAGGCGGAGCAUGGAGCAGGGCCACCUGCCUGCUGCUGCCUUCGGAAUUGGAAAUCGCAAUCCUCCGAGGACCAAACUUUACACAUGAAAGUGCAUUUCCACCAGCUGCAACUUUCACUCCAUCUGUUCAGCAGCCCCGGCCCUUGGCUCUCCAGAUGGGAACCCAGCCUCCUUCCUGCUGGCUGCCUCGCCACCCUCCACCCAGCCUUUCAAACCUUGCCUCACUCGCACUCAUCUCACUCUCUAGGGGCUGGGGGUCACUGCAACUCUACCCCCAAAGGUGCCCUCUUAUUUUGAACUCCUUGAGAGAAAAGGUUGUAAGUACAUCUGACUGAACUUCC